AUGGGCAAAGCAUCGCCAGCUGCCGAGGAGCAGCCUCACGGUUAUGAAUUCGGUGGACCGCUUGGUGCUUUUGGCAUCUCCUUCGGCCUCCCCGUUCUCGUCUACCUCUUCACCUUUUCCUGCAACGACGUCUCGGGCUGUCCCGCGCCCUCGUUCCUGAGCCCCAAAACUCUCUCCAUCGACCAGCUGAAGCUCGAGGUUGGCUGGCCCGAGGAUGGCAUCUGGGGAUUGGCUAGCUGGAAGGCAUCUGGCGCUUUGGCGGCAUACUACCUUCUCAACCUGAUUCUAUACGCGAUUCUCCCUGCCGCCGAGGUGGAGGGCACAGUUCUGAAAUCUGGCGGGCGCCUCAAAUACAGGUUCAACACCAUGUACUCCAACAUGGCGACUCUUUUUGCGCUUGCCGCCGGAACCAUCGCCCAGGGUGCAGAGUUCCCCGUCUGGACCUUCAUCAGCGACAACUACGUCCAGCUCCUCACCGCGAGCAUUCUGCUCUCGUACGGCAUGGCCACCUUUGUCUAUGUCCGAAGCUUCAGCGUAAAGGCUGGCAACAAGGACAACCGCGAGCUGGCCGCUGGAGGACGCACGGGAAACAUCCUGUACGAUUGGUACAUUGGACGCGAGCUGAACCCUCGCGUCACGAUCCCCCUUAUUGGAGAGGUCGAUCUGAAGGAGUGGUGCGAGCUUCGACCCGGCAUGAUGGGGUGGAUCAUCUUGAACUGCUCUUGGUGCGCUCAGCAGUACCGCAACUAUGGUUACGUCACAGACAGUGUUGUCUGCAUUACCAUUGUGCAAGCCCUGUACAUUAUUGAUUCGUGGGUGAACGAGGCAGCCAUCUUGACGACCAUGGACAUCACCACUGAUGGCUUUGGCAUGAUGCUGUCAUUCGGAGACCUUGUCUGGGUCCCGUUCGUCUACUCCCUUCAGACCCGGUACUUGUCUGUCUAUCCUCGCUCGCUCGGCCCCGUUGGGCUCCUCGUCUCCGGUUCGCUCAUCGGUCUUGGUUUCUUCAUCUUCCGAUCCGCCAACAGCCAGAAGAACGUCUUCCGCACCAACCCCAGCGAUCCAAGCGUUGCUCAUCUCAAAUACAUCGAGACCAAGACCGGCAGCAAGCUUCUCACCACGGGUUGGUGGGGUAUCGCCCGCCACAUCAAUUACUUUGGCGAUUGGAUCCAGGCAUGGCCAUACUGCCUGCCUACAGGUCUCGCCGGGUACCAGAUCCUUUCUACUGGCGCGUCGUCGGCCGAGGGGGCCUUUGUCAUGGCCGAUGGCCGACAAGUGGUUCAAGGUGAAGCCAAGGGCUGGGGCAUGUUCAUCACCUACUUCUAUAUCGUGUACUUUGGCGUCCUCCUGAUCCACCGUGAUGGACGGGAUGACCUCAAGUGCUACCGUAAGUAUGGCGAGGAUUGGAACAAGUACAAGAAGAUUGUACGAUGGAGGAUCAUUCCUGGCAUAUACUAG